CAAUACACCAUAAAGAAUAUGAUACUAGUAUCUACCCCUAGUGCAUGACACAAUGUUCCCCUUCUUCCAACGCCCAUCCCCCAAAGGCUGGUACCGCAUCGGCCUCCUCUCCGAUUUUCCCGAUGUAGAUCACCAACCACCAUCCCCAGAUAACGAUUCUUGUCGGGUCACGCCGAGCUGCAAAGCCUUCACGAUACCCAACACCACCAAUCCCAAUGCCAAUGGCCCGUCUCAGCCAAUACAAGCAGAUAUCGAUACCCCGGGGGAUCUGAAAGACCAAGUCCUGGUAUUCAAAUACAAGGGUAAGAUGCACGCGAUUGAUCAUCAAUGUCCGCAUUCCUCAUUCCCCCUCUCCCAAGGAAGUCUAUUCGAUAUUGAAGAUUUCGGGGUCGUGUUGAGUGCGGGGAUUACCUGUCCGAAACAUGAUUGGUCGUUUGAUUUGUUUUCCGGACAGGGGGAUCGGGGGAGUUAUAAGUUGAAGGUGUGGGAGGUGGAGGUUAGGGAUGGGAAUGGGAAGGGGGAGGGGGAGAAGGAGGUUUGGGUGAGGAGGAAGCAGAGGAUUGGAUAGGAUAGUAUUGGGAUAGGUUAUGGGUAAUGGAUGGUGGUACUAUACUGUGGAUUGUGCAGUGAGUUGUAAAGGAUAGAUUACUGUGCGGAUUGUUACUGCUGUAUGCUGUGUUACAAUGGGUGUAUCGUUGAUAGCGUCAAUGAUACAUUGAACUGACCGAUGG